AGCCCAUGCCAUGGUAGCUGCAGAUACUACGAAUAAAGAAAGUGAGAGUGUUGGCAGCUCUUCAGUUCCGUUGCCAGGCUUCUCUCAGGAGCAGUGGAAAUCAUUGAUCUCUUUUCUUGGUAAUCUGCCUAAUUCUAAUGACCGCAUGGCUGGACCGUCCCUCGAAGAGGCUGAUUGGAACGGGUGAACAACGGAAUGGACUGUACUACUUGCGAGAGGGACCUUCGGCUCAUGUUAUGUCCGUCAAGGAUACCAGGAACUCAGUGGUGGAAUUGUGGCAUCAACGGUUGGGGCAUCCAUCAUCGCAAGUGACUGAAAAAUUGGCUCCUGUAAGUGGUUUGAAGCAUACCGGAGAUCUGCCCUGUGAUAUUUGCUUUAGAGCUAAGCAAACUAGAGAUUCCUUUCCUACUAGUUUGAAUAAAACUCAUACAAUUUUUGAAUUAGUUCACUGUGAUUUAUGGGGUCCAUAUAAUACCCCUUCUUCUUGUGGUGCUACACAUUUUUUAACUAUUGUGGAUGACUAUUCUCGUG